AUGGGCGACUCGGCACAGGACCUUUUGCUUCAAAUUUCAUCCGACACCCCGGUUCUAGUGGUCAUAUCAAACGGAAUUGAGCCGCCGCACCUUCCUCCGGGGGAGCUUCUACAUACCGAGGCCACAAUCCCCGAGAUCUUUUUCAAGUCCCUCAAAGAGGCCACGGAUCUGAUUAUCACCAGUCUAGCUCAACCAGAAUUUUGCCUCGUUGCUCUACCGAUCUCGAUGUUACACCCCUCUGCCAUUGGCCGGCUUAUGCACAGUCUGAUUGGCUUCCUGAAACAUCGCUACUCUGUGCACUUGAAGGUAAUCACCUAUACACAACGAUCUUCGCUUUGCCGCGUCCUUCUUUUGAUCCUUGCACCAACAGCAAUCGAUCAUCGAUGGCUUGGGAAAGGUGCUGCUGCUCUUUCAGUUCCGGAACUUCUUCCUGGGUUAGACGAUGACGCUGGUCCACCUGUUACCCGGCUGGCGCGUAACAAAGGGUUUGCGUCGCCAUCUCUGGAAAUUUUCGAGGAGCGUGAUCGGCCUCUCGUUGAUGCAGCAUCACCACCCCUUAUCAUGCAGAUUGCAGGUGAAAUGAUCCACUGUGCCACACUUCGGAGGUGUUCCUUAAAGAAGCGUCAUAGAAGUUCUAGCCCCCCCACAACUCGACUCGAGGUCAAAAAGAUCCAAGCGGUCCAUUGA